UUUCUGAACGAUUCAUGUCAUGGUGCGACUUCGAAUCGGCAUGCAUUGGUUCGAAGUUUUGAUAAUUUUCUAAUUUUUGUAAAAAUGUCUUUAAAAUGGACUGGAGGUCAAAGUGAGUCCGGUAUAUUAAGAAAGAGUGAGUUCAAGGAGAAGAAAGAAGACCUUUUCGUGUUCGGCUACUCGUGCAAAUUGUUCAGGGACGAUGAUAAAGCCCUUCACAUUGACCAAGGCAAACACCUCAUUCCGUGGAUGGGGGAUGAAACGUUGAAAAUCGACAGGUAUGAUGCACGGGGAGCCCUGCACGACCUGACGAGGCUCGAAGCCCCGCCGGGAGGUUACGACUGGCGAGUGGAACUUACUAGGGCUGAGCUGGAUGUGGAACAGCUAUGUGAUGAGGAGCGAUACCGUGCACUGCACACUGACGAAGAUGAAGAGGAAAUGUAUAAAGAGGAAGAACUAAAGCGCCUGCAUGCAGCCGGUUAUGGUCAGGUGGGGUUCAACUACGACGCCCCUGCAGAGCCGGAGCCUCCGCCACAACCAGCGGAGGUGGAUGAGGAACCAUUCACUCCCACACCUGCAUUCAGAGCCCUCCUGCCUAUUGACACAGUGUUUCCUGAAACCUUAAAACAGAAUGCUAUAAUAGAGAAGACGGCGAAGUUCAUAGCAUCGCAGGGCGCUCAAAUGGAGAUCCUCAUCAAAGCGAAGCAGGGUGACAAUCCACAGUUCAAGUUCCUCAACCGGGACUCGAACCUGCAUCCUUACUAUACCGCGCUUAUUGGACUUGUCAAGGCUGAGAAGUGGCCUGAAAAGAAAGUCGAAGUUGUUGAAGAAAAACCACCUGAAAAUGAAGAAUAUCUCCACCCCAGUUUGGCAUCAACCGUGAUUGAAUCUGCACCAGCGAUCCCAAGCAUCCACUACAAACCAUCAGCAGACUGCGAUUACACAAUGCUGAUCAGCAAGAUGCGAGGAGAGGAUGAGAUGGAUGUCGACGGAGAGCCCCGUGGAGACGUGCCCCCGCCAGGAACCGAACCGCCGCGGCACAGGACGCCGGGCGCUGAGAUAUAUAGGGCGCCUGUCAUGUAUACUAAGGGACCUGAUGGUAAUCAUGUGGAUCCCACAGCGCCAAUGCCGUCGCAGUACCAGCAGUACGCAGCAUACUACCAGCAGUAUCAAACACAGGAACAACAGCUGCAGCAGCAGGUGAAGAAGCCGCCGACACAACCCUCGCUCAAGUCCACCGGUCUCAGCCUGAUGAAGAACUAUAAUACUGACUCCGAUAGCGAUGUGUCGGAUUUCGACGACAGUUCAUCAACGGACAGCAGAGACAGAGUCCCCAUCAUCACACCGCCGGAUGACGUGCAAAUUGUGAUCGACAAGAUGGCGUCGUACGUCGCACGAAAUGGCGACGAGUUCGCGGAUAUUGUGCGCGCUAAAAAUGAUCCACGGUUCACGUUCCUUGAUCCGGAGAAUAUUUACCAUCCGUAUUAUAAGCGGUUGAUGCAGCAGAAGAGAGGAAUUGAUGUCAAUGGGAAGGAGAAGAAGAAAAGGACUGCUGCACCUGUAUCAUUCUCAAUAAAAAAACUGAAGGAACCGGAUCCAAUCUUACCAAAACCGGCGUUACCUUACGAGUCCAGUUCAGACGAUGACUCGGAGAAGCCAGCAGAGAAGCAACCAGCUCAGGAGGAGUUUAAGGAACCACCUAAAGUAUACCCACAAACAUUCCCAACAAACAACAUCCCACCAGUAGUCAUGUAUAAAAUAGACCCACAAUACAAUGACUUACCUUUAAUGAGGCCGUAUAUAGAACCGGUAAAGCCUCUUAAGCCCCCUCCUAAGCCCCCAAUGUUACCAGAGUACAACGAAAUGCCAAAACAAGAGGAGAUUGCACCCCUACCUGAACCGCCCCCACCACCAGUACCUCAACAAGUUAUAGAAAUCCCAACCGUACCUUUGAAAGAAGCUCCGACUGUAGAAAAAGUCGAAAUAGUCAUUGAGAAGGAGAAAGAAGUACCAAGUGUAGAAGUUGUACAGAAGAAGGAAACUCCUCCUGUGAAAGAGACUCAGAAUAGAGACAGUCCGUAUACAAGAGAGAGUCCGUUUCGCAAAGAAAGUCCACCUAAGAGAGACAGUCCUUAUACUAGAGAAAGUCCUUACAGAAGGGAAAGUUCAUUAAAAAGAGAGAGUCCUUACAAAAGAGCGAGUCCUCUCGCCAGAGACAGUCCCCAUUCUAGAGGGAGUCCGCACAAGAGAGAAGGUUCCCACAAACGCGAUAGUCCUCAUCACAGAGAUAGAGAAAGAGAUUCUCAUAAAAGAGAUAAAAAGAAGCAUAAAGAUCGUAGGAAGGAACAUCGAUCAAAAUCAGAGAGUAGGGAGUCAAGGAGGAAUGAUAGGCGGAGUGCUGAGAGGGAGAAGAAAAGAGAAAAGGACAAAGUAAGAGAGAGUGAGAGUAAGAGAAGUAAAUAUAGUAAAGAGGAGUUGGAGAAUGAGAUCAUAUCUCUAGUUGAUAAUUCUGAUGACUUGAUUGAUUUGACGGGAGAUCAGUCUGAUUCUAAAGUGGAGGGAGAGACGGAGGCGGAGCGCGCGAAGCAGUUGGAGCGGCGGCGGCGCGCGGCCGAGUUCCUCAAGAAGGUCGGCGUCGACCCCGCCGCCGCCGCGCUGCCUACUUCCUCGCUCGCCAGUGCUAUGGUGGAUACUUUGGAGUCUAUUCGAAAGAAGAAAGCAGAAGAAGAAGAGAAGAGACGGCGGCGAGACAAGAGAAGACACCGUGAUAGACGAGAUUACGAAGACGAGUCUGAGCGGUCACACAGGAAGAGUAAACGUCGAAAGUAUAGAUCGUCAGACGACAACGAUGAAUCUGACUAUGAUGGUUCAAAAAAGAAGAAACGAAAGAAGGACAGGAAGCACAGUUCCAAAAGCAAGCGCAAGCGCAGGAGAGAGGACGCGGAGGAAACGGAACAGCCAAUCACAGUCAACAUCGACUUGACAAGCACUCUCAAAGAACUCCGCACUUCCUCUCCCACCAAAGAACUUGUACUCCAAGAUACAGAAGAAGCACAGGCCUUCGUAAGACCAGAUUCUUCUGAUGAUGAUUUAGAAAGAGAUAGGAGGAGAAAGAGAGAGAGACAGUACAGUGAAGGAGAGUGGUCGAGCGACUCCGAAGGAGAUUCCAAGUCAAGUGCUAGCAAGAAUGAUGAUUAAAUAAAUCAGUAACUACAUAUUUUUGUAUUAUACAUAACUCAAGUUACAAUAUGGUAAAUUAAUUAUUUUCUACGGUUUACUGUCGCACCCAGAGACAUUUAAUGAUUACUUAAACUAAUCCGUAAUCUAAAAAUAAGUCGGGUUUUCCUUCUUGACUCUAUAACUUUAGAACGCACGAACCGAUUUCCAAGGUUUUGCAUUCGUUGGAAAGGAAAGGGUUCCGUAAGGUUUAUAGCAAAGAAAAUUCAGGAAAAAAUCAAGAGGAAAACAGGAAAAUAGGGAAAAUCAUUGGUGGCGAAACGGAGUUCGCCGGGUUUGCUAGUACUUAGUAAUGAUUUUGUUCCGAAAACAAUUGCUAAGGUCUGGGUAAAGUAACCAUUAAAUGACUCUGAGUACGGCAGUUACUUAUGUAACGUGUGACUUGGAUACACUCGAUAUUUAUCGCGCGAUGCUGUGCAAUGAGUAUGAGCCCCGUGCGUGGCUCGAAACUAAUCGAGUUACCUUGUCAUAUAGUAGUAGGAAGUGUGCCGUAAAACAUAAUUAAAUCAAUAACUUAACACCAAGUAAAUUAAGUCGGUUUUACAGUAACAAAGGAAACUACAGUUCUUGUAAUUGUAAUGUUAUACCUAUAUCUCUUAUCAAAAUUGCAUGGUAGUUACAAUAAAUCGUGUUUUAAAAAAGUAAUCUUAUGUUCUUAUGUAUAAAGGUGAGUUUUAAAUACCACUUAUGUAGUGGUUGUAGUUAGGUUUUAAUUAAAAAUAAUAAAGAUUGUGUUCUUAAUUUCGAUAUUAAAUUAUUCCGUAUCGAAGGUAGAUUUAUUCUUUGUUUAUCUCUAUUGAUCCCUUCGUGUUAAGAGUCGUGAUGUUUGUGGAAAAACUUAAUGAUAUUAUAAACUGCAAUAAAUAUAUUAAAUAGAUGGAAAUUAUAAUAAAAUAUACACUAUAUUGUACAAUUUUAUAACAUUUAUUUUUAAUAUUACAUAGAAAACUUUAAACAAUACGUAGUUCAUUAAUCCGGGCAUAUUUUAUAGUGUAAACAGCCUUUAGCAAUGACAGGUCUAUCAAUAGUUAAAUAAAAUUAUUCUAUAAAUAAUAUAUUAUUAUGUACCAUUAUCUGUCUGUUUAAAGGAAAAAAAAACGAAAGUAAAUCAAGAAAAUGUUUCUUAAUGUCUAAUUCAUAAUUUAACCUUUUGCAUCUGGUAUAUAAGACAACAAUAGAAAAUACAUUGUGUCCCCCGUAGAUCUGCGUUCCGGCACACGAUGGGUUAAAACGCAUAUCGAUAUUUUUCCUUUUCAUGAAUUUUCAUAAUUCCCUACACUGAAUUUAUUGCUCAAAUGGUGCUUACAACCGCAAUAUGUAUUCAUCAUAAACAUACCAGCCACAAGACGUCUUCUGCUGAAAAUCCCUUCCUCCAAAACAGCCGCAUAUCUGUUUAGUUACAAGAUAUAUUCAUUAAACAAUUGUGUGCUCAUUCUUACUCCAUAAUAUUGAUAAAAACAUGUAUACCUACCAUUGUGCUCUUAAAUCUGUUUUAAUUUAAUUUGUAAUAGAAUUAAAUAAAUGUGUAUAAAUCUUAUAUCUAGUGUAUCCCUUACUAAUGCAUACUAGUAGCAGAAAUUUAUGACGAGUCUACAGGUGCUUUUUCACCAGAGAUGUGCUUUGUAGGUUUGCUACGAAGAUAUAAAACUAUGUGACCGUUUCCACUGAUACUAAGUUAUGUAUCUCUGCUAGGAAAAGACGCAGCUCUAGUAUGCGAUGUAACGAGAGUAGGGAAGCCAACCAUAGCACGCAUCUUAUCAUAUUAAAACAUAGCUUAGCUGAUUCCGUUUCCACCAGCGCUAUGCUAUGUGAAUAUGAAACGCAUCCACAGCAACGUAAUAUACCACAUCUCUGAUAGAAAAAAAACCCUAAUACAUACCAGUGUCAGAAAUUUAUGAUGUGCUUAACGGCGCUAAUGACUUACCAGAACCUACCGACGAGUAAAAUAAUUAUUAUUUAGCCAAAAACAAUGUUCUUUCUUAUGGUUUUUGGAGAUGUCAAAUGCUUUCGUAUCAUAAUUAUAUUACCUUCAUUGAUAACUAUGUUUAGUAAACAUCUAGAAUCUAGAUAGCUCUUUAUUGAUCGAUGGUUUUGUCAAAUACUAAAGCCCCUAACAGACAAGCUGCUUAGUACGUGACUUGUAUUUUUUUUAAUACGUCAUACGUCGUACAAAGUUUUCCAUUUUUCUGCCCGGAGAUAAAAUGAUUGAAAUAUUGAAUUGAGUGACACUAUCGGUACUGUUUCGUACGAGUGGCUGCAAUUACAAAUGUUUAGAAAGAGGUAACACCUCACAUCUCUAAAAUAGUAAGACCUGCAUUUCUUAUCGGACUAUUCUGAGAAGAAAUCCCGAAACAAAUUCAGAGGUUUUAAAAGAGAACUAUGUUCUCUUUUAUACUUCAGACAAACCAAAUAAAGAAUAAUGUGAGAGAAGCUUGGGGCUUUUGAUUUAAAACAGAAUAUUAUUUCUUCUCAAUAAAAACAAUUCCAAUGUUUUCUGUUUUAAAUAAUAAUAAAACCAAUUACAAAUACUCUUUUAAAUAGAGAAGAAUGUAUACUGUACCUACUAUCUUCUGUCUACUGUAGGAUAUUUGUAAAUUUGUCAGUUAUUCCAUCAAUACUGUGUUCUAAGUACUAUGUCGUCGGAAUGUUUUAGACUUUUAGAUAAUUAUUUAUGUUAAUAUAAUAUACCUACGUUUUUAAACACAUGCUCCCGAGGUAAGCUUUGUGUAACGGUAUGUACAAUAGCAAUAUAAUUAUUAAAUAAAUAAAUAUAGUUUCCUAUU